AUGCUUCCCUCUCUAGCCUUUACGGCUAUUGCCCUCCUCCCAGCCGUCCAAGCAGCACCCUCAAACCACCUGCCCAUCCACCACCCGAGCGGCAUCUACAGACGCUGUGGUGCAGUCUCCAAAUACUAUAACCAACAAACCUCCGAUUGGGACACGUACAAAACGGGCGACUGGCUCAACACCUGGUGGGACGACAAUGGCGGUCUGAUGUCCAACAGUUCAGCCGGGUUCGCCGGCGCCUUUGGUCAAUGGGCAAUGGGCAACCCGGACUGGUCAUGCCGCGACGAUGGCUCGGACUCGGACUGCGAUCUGCAGCUCUGUGAUAAUCGAGUACUAAAUGACCGGGGCGACGAUAUCCGUUCUACAUACUACGUCUUGGAGUCUGUGAAUCGUCUUCAUACUUACUUUACUGGUAUUGGAGAGGCGUUUACUACUACUGCGUUAGGAGCGGCGUUGUCAAAGGAUUCUUGGGCUACGACCUUCUAUAAGGAUAAGGAUGACAAAAGUGUGGGUGCCCUUAAGCAGGUGUUGACUCUGGUGACUACCAUUGUCGGGGUUGGUGCCUCGUUUGCUGGGUUGGGCGGUGCUGCCGCUGGUGCCAUUGCUGGUGCUGGCAAUGCCCUCACCAAUGGUGCUGUCGGUGCCGCGAACAGUGUCAUGCCUGAUCACACGGACGACACAUUCCAAAAAUCCGCCGACCUAGGCGGUAUCCUCGGUAGCAUAGUCGUCGACUCCCUGAAAUCUUUCACGACAGCCAACAACCAACUAAUGAGCGGCCAAUCCUACAGCAACGCCGACAUCCGCAGCUACCUAUCUGGCGGAGCCUUCCUCGCCUACCCAGGCGUAGACAAGAACGCCGUCACAGACGCCAUGACGAAUAUGCUAGUCGGUACUUCCAUCAAUCAGCUAUACCGCACACAGAAGAUCUUCAUAAUGGGCGGUGGUGCCUGUGGUGAUAACCAGGGGAUAGGCUCUGGUCCCCAGGAAGCAACUGUGUGCCGUGAUGGCAAGGCUUGGUAUCUGUAUUAUUGGCAGGAGAAUGAUGUUGUUUCGACUACAUCGCACCAGUGGGGGUGGGUUGCUUCGCCACCUGGUGUAGACCAAUUGGGUCAGAAUGAGUAUGAGGGUGUUAAAGUAGAAGAUAUCAUCAACUCCUCUUUAGACGCCUACAAAGUCGCCGGGUACAACUACGACGCCAACACAGCCGCUAGCCGUGCAUCAGAUGCCAUCUCCAGCGCCUGGGCUAGCCCCGGUUCACAGGGUGCGUCUUGGGAGGGUAUAUUCACUGUUCCGGUGUGUGAUGUUGGCGCUGCUGUCGACUUCGACUACCAGGAUAAGGAAUACAUCUUGCAGCCGUAUGGCCAUGAUAGUCGUCCUGUUUGGUGUGGUCCUAUUUGCAGUGGUGAUGCUCAGAAGACGAAGGAAUUUAUUAGUGCUGCUAAUAUGGAUGGGUUUAAGAGUCCUAAGCACUUGUGUAGUGCGGAUCCGGGAUAUUGA